GUGCGCCAUCGAGCCCAAAACCGCCGGCACCGAGGACCGCGCCUGCUGGUCUCUCCGUGGCGAGGAUCGGUUUGUUCAGCCCGUACAUUUUUAUUGCCCCUUGUGUGUGCCAGGCAGCCGUCUGGCGCCGAGGUGAGGAGGCGGUGGCGGCCCUGCGCAUCCGAAUGCUUCCCCGAAAUUGGGGCUGGAUGCCGAGGGAGGGGUCGGGAGCGUGACAGCUGGGCGCCGCCCCCUCCGCGCGACAGCAUCGCGGCCUGGGGCGACGGGGAGGCUCCAGUCAGGCCGAGGAGAGCGGAGCCACCUGGACAGAUGGCGCCUUCGUUAUCCCCUGAAAGGCAGGAGGGAGGGAGAGCAGGGAGGGAACAGCGAUCCCUAGGUGGACCCCGCCUAUUUCUUUCCUAGUUAGACGUCGUCCUCGGAGAGGAUGGAAGGGGAGAAGCGGCCGGCGCCGCGCCCGCCCUACGAGGGCCUGUUUGCCGACGGGCACCUGGUCCUGUGGACGCUGUGCUCAGUGCUGCUGCCUGUGUUCAUCACCUUCUGGUGUAGCCUCCAGCGGUCGCGCCGGCAGCUGCAUCGCAGGGAUAUCUUCCGCAAGAGCAAGCACGGGUGGCAGGACACGGACCUGUUCAGCCAGCCCACCUACUGCUGUGUGUGCGCGCAGCACAUUCUACAGGGCGCUUUCUGCGACUGCUGCGGGCUCCGCGUGGACGAGGGCUGCCUCAAGAAGGCCGACAAGCGUUUCCAGUGCAAGGAGAUAAUGCUGAAGAACGACAGCAGGGCCCUGGACGCCAUGCCCCACCACUGGAUCCGGGGCAACGUCCCUCUGUGCAGUCACUGUGUGGUUUGCAAGCAACAGUGCGGCAGUCAGCCCAAGCUCUGCGAUUACAGGUGCAUUUGGUGUCAGAAAACAGUACAUGAUGAAUGUAUGAAAAACAGCUUAAAGAAUGAAAAGUGUGACUUUGGAGAAUUCAGAAACCUCAUCAUCCCACCAACUUAUUUAACCUCCAUCAAUCAGAUGCGUAAAGACAAAAAAACAGAUUACGAAAUACCAGCCUCGAAGCUUGGAAAACAAUGGACCCCAUUAAUAAUCCUGGCCAAUUCCCGUAGUGGAACUAACAUGGGAGAAGGACUGUUGGGAGAAUUUAGGAUCCUGUUAAAUCCAGUCCAGGUUUUUGAUGUGACUAAAACUCCUCCCAUCGAAGCUCUCCAACUUUGUACUCUUCUUCCCUGUUACUCAGCUCGAGUACUUGUUUGUGGAGGGGAUGGGACGGUGGGCUGGGUCCUGGAUGCAGUGGAUGAAAUGAAGAUUAAGGGACAAGAAAAAUACAUCCCACAAGUUGCAGUCUUGCCUCUGGGAACAGGCAAUGAUCUAUCUAAUACAUUGGGUUGGGGGACAGGUUAUGCUGGAGAAAUCCCAGUCACACAAGUUUUAAGAAAUGUAAUGGAUGCAGAUGGAAUUAAACUCGAUCGAUGGAAAGUUCAGGUAACAAAUAAAGGAUACUACAAUUUAAGAAAACCCAAGGAGUUCACAAUGAACAACUAUUUUUCUGUUGGACCUGAUGCUCUCAUGGCUCUCAAUUUUCAUGCUCAUCGUGAGAAGGCGCCAUCUCUGUUUUCUAGCAGAAUUCUUAAUAAGGCUGUUUACUUAUUCUAUGGAACCAAAGAUUGUUUAGUGCAAGAAUGUAAAGAUUUGAAUAAAAAAGUUGAGCUAGAACUGGAUGGUGAGCGAGUAGAGCUGCCUAAUUUGGAAGGCAUUAUAGUUCUAAACAUUGGAUACUGGGGCGGUGGCUGCCGACUCUGGGAAGGGAUGGGAGAUGAGACCUACCCUCUAGCCAGACAUGAUGAUGGUUUACUGGAAGUUGUUGGAGUGUAUGGAUCUUUCCACUGUGCUCAGAUUCAGGUGAAAUUGGCAAAUCCUUUUCGAAUAGGACAAGCACAUACAGUGCGGCUGAUUUUGAAGUGCUCGAUGAUGCCGAUGCAGGUGGAUGGUGAGCCAUGGGCACAAGGGCCCUGCACAGUCACCAUAACUCACAAGACACAUGCAUUGAUGUUAUAUUUCUCUGGAGAACAGACGGAUGAUGAGGUCUCUAGUACUUCGGAUCAAGAGGACAUAAAGGAAAUUGAAUAAACGGAUGAAGAAACAAAACUUGCUAUGAAAUCCAAACAAGUAGAUACAUAUUCUUCCAAAAUUAGGAGCUCUCUCUCAGCUAUUCACUUGUAAUUUCAUCAAUAGUGUAAUGGGUAUACACUUAUGUAAAUAGCAUUCCAAAAACAACCAAACUUUCAGUUAUUUAUAAAAGCUUGUUGUUUUUAGCAGAGCGCUUUGAUCGUAUAGUACUAACUUUUAAAAGUCCUCCAAAGUUACACUGAGGUCAAAUGGUGUCUCACGGUCCUCUGUUUUGAGAGUGAGACACUCUCUGAAGUUGCACCGGCUCCUUCCUUGUUAUGGAACCAAACGGCACAUUAUGCAUCCAGCAAAAUGCGAGUGGAAAAUCACUUUAAUGUGGUGACACCGUAGUAGUUUUAAAAUUAACUUGUUUUUUCUUUUUGAAAGGAAAUAGUUAAUGUCAGAGCUGCCUGGUUAAUGCUAGCCUUCCACCUGCAGCACGCCUCACGAAGCCAAACACUGAGAGAUCCAUGUGUACCAACUGCCCAGAAACCCUGAAAGGAGAAAUUUAAAAGAAAGCCAGUACUUAAAUUUUUAGUGUAAUUUUUAUUUUCGGAUCACUUUCAGAGCCCCAAAAGUUGUUUGAUUAACUCUGUUAGUGACCAUAUUGAGUUGAAUUUCAGGAUCUUUUUUAUAAUCCCUGUAUAGCCGAAAGAAAACCAGCUAGGUGAAUUGGUAAAAAAUUAAGAUUAGGGGGACUUUGUAUUGAAAAUUACAGCUUCCAAGCUAGGUAGUUCAUCAGCUGCUCUUUUGAUUAAAAGACAGUGUCAACAAUUCAAAAAAAAUGUGCUAAAAGAAAGUUACUAGUUAGAUUAAUUGCUAAAAAAAUGAAUGAUUGCUAAGUUUUAGAAAAUCAGUGGUCUUGUAUUUUGAAAUACUUAAACCAAAAAACCUGUUGACAUCGAGUUGAUUACGACUCAUAGCAAGUCUAUAGGAGAGUAGAACUGCCCCAUAGAGUUUCCAGGGAGCGGCUGGUGGAUUUGAACUGCCAACCUUGUGGUUAGCAGCCUAUCUCUUAACCACUCUGCCACCAGGGCUUCAUCUUGAAAUACAGUAGUAUUUUUUAUUGUAAAUUAUUUGAUAGAAUUGCCCCCCUUGGUCUGGGGUUGAGGAGGGAGGUGUACAGAAUCCUUGGCUAAAAUGUUUAUUUUAAAGUGAGAAAUAUGCAUAUUUUUUUACUUAUUUAUUAAUUGCCCUGUGCUGUGAUACUUGUGUUUAAAUGGUUUUUGCAAUAUAUAGUUUUAUUUAAUAAGUUACUCAGAUAAAUUCUGCUAGUCAAAAUCAGAUGGAAAACCUAUUGAUGAAGUAAUUAAAGUCCGUAAUUUAAUUUUCCUGAAAGAUGUAUUAUCCAGAUAGUCUCACCCUUGAGAAAUAUUCCUCAAUCUUUUUUUUUUUUUUAAAAAAAAAAAAG